CCGCCGCCGCCAUCUUUGUUAGGGGCAGCUGGGCCUGGCGUCCGGAGAUGCCGAAGUCGUGCGCGGCCCGGCAGUGCUGCAACCGCUACAGCAGCCGCAGGAAGCAGCUCACCUUCCACCGGUUCCCAUUCAGCCGCCCAGAGCUGCUGAAGGAAUGGGUGCUGAACAUCGGCCGGGCCAACUUCAAACCCAAGCAGCACACGGUCAUCUGCUCAGAGCACUUCCGGCCCGAGUGCUUCAGCGCCUUUGGAAACCGCAAAAACCUGAAGCAGAAUGCUGUGCCCACUGUGUUUGCCUUUCAGGACGCCACGCAGCUGGCGAGGGAGAACGCGGACCCGGCUGGCGGGGACACAAACGCGGACUCUCACAAGGAGGUGGCCUCCGAGGUGGUGCCUGCAGAGUGUGGCUGGGGGAGGAAGCUGGAGGCUGCCCUGGAAGUGCUGCCCCCAAUGGCCAGCGGCCCUACAGAGCAGGUCGUGCCGCGGAGACUGCAGGGAACUCAGGCCCCUGCCCAGCAGGCCAGCCCCAGCCCUGCACAGACCUCCGACCACAGCUACGCCCUUUUGGACUUAGAUGCCCUAAAAAAGAAACUCUUCCUGACUCUGAAGGAAAAUGAAAAGCUCCGGAAGCGCUUGAAGGCCCAGAGGCUGGUGAUUCGGAGGAUGUCCAGCCGCCUCCGCGCACACAGGGCUGGGCCUCCGCCAGAGCCGCAGAGCUGAGCCCCUGGCAGGUGGGGGCCGUGGACCCCGAGCCUUGCCGCUGAUGUCAAGUGACAGGAAUGCCGUGCCGGGUGGGCCAUGCGGCAAGGAGCCCAGGCCACCUCAGGGGAAGAGUAGUUGCAGCAGCCUGGGACAGGGUGGAUCUCGAGCAAGGGGACCAAGCCUGCUGUCCUUUCAGCAAAAGCUGGGUGGUGGGGUGUGUGUGUCUUGAGAACCGCAGGAUGAAGCGGGCCUGGAGGCCAUGUGGCACACACUCCCCCAGUGGGGAGAAGUGCAUCCCCUUGAGGGGCGGCUGGGCCUGGGGCAGGACACGAGAGGGGACAGUGUGGCCCCCAUCGCCUGGGCGCUGGCUCUGAGUGGCUGAGACUGGCCCCCGUUCCUGGCCUGGUGUGACAGAGCAACAGAAUAAAGUGUCUUUCUAUGC